AGCAGCAGCAGAGGGCCAAAGGCUGGGGCAGGAGGCCGCGGUCGGCCGGCUCUUGAUGCUGGUGAAGGAGGAGGUAGGCGCGACGGCCAUGGCCGUAGUCCGCAGCUGAGAGGAGCUGCUGCCGCCGUCGUGAGGUUAUAUUUCACACUAUGUGCUGACUGUCUGUACUUACAGAAAAUAUUUAAAAACAGUUUUUUUUUCAAAAUAAAUUUGAUUCCAGUGGAAUCUGCUUUAGAUUUUGUCUUGUGAAGUAACUCCUGAAGCAAUGCCUGUACAAGCUCCACAAUGGACGGAUUUUCUCUCCUGCCCUAUUUGCACACAAACAUUCGACGAAACGAUCCGGAAACCCAUCAGUCUAGGUUGUGGCCACACAGUCUGCAAGAUGUGCCUGAACAAGCUCCAUCGGAAAGCAUGUCCUUUCGACCAGACCACUAUCAAUACAGACAUAGAACAUCUUCCUGUGAACUCAGCUUUGCUGCAGCUUGUGGGUGCUCAAAUGCCAGAACAGCAACCAAUAACUCUACGCAGUGGUGCUGAAGAUACUAAACAUUAUGAGGAAGCCAGGAAAUGUGUGGAAGAACUAGCCUUAUACCUUAAACCACUCAGCAGUGCAAGAGGUGUGGGAUUGAACAGCACAACUCAGAGUGUGCUUAGUCGGCCCAUGCAAAGGAAGCUUGUGACAUUAGUCCAUUGCCAGCUGGUGGAAGAAGAAGGGCGGAUCCGAGCUAUGCGUGCAGCACGAUCUCUGGGUGAAAGAACUGUUACUGAGCUUAUUCUUCAGCACCAGAAUCCUCAGCAAUUAUCUUCAAACCUUUGGGCUGCAGUGAGGGCUAGAGGCUGUCAGUUCCUUGGACCAGCGAUGCAAGAGGAAGCUCUGAAGUUAGUUCUUUUAGCUUUAGAAGAUGGAUCUGCUUUAUCUCGAAAAGUUUUGGUUCUCUUUGUGGUACAGAGGUUGGAGCCACGAUUUCCUCAGGCUUCUAAAACCAGCAUUGGGCAUGUUGUCCAGCUUCUUUACAGAGCCUCCUGUUUCAAGGUGACUAAACGUGAUGAGGAUUCCUCCCUAAUGCAACUGAAGGAGGAAUUCAGAACAUAUGAAGCUCUGAGACGAGAACAUGAUUCCCAAAUUGUACAAAUUGCUAUGGAGGCUGGUUUGCGGAUAGCUCCAGAUCAGUGGUCUUCAUUGCUGUAUGGAGACCAGUCUCACAAAUCCCACAUGCAGUCCAUUAUUGACAAGUUGCAGACCCCAGCCUCUUUUGCACAGAGUGUUCAGGAAUUAACAAUUGCUCUCCAGAGAACUGGUGAUCCAGCUAAUUUGACCCGGCUUCGACCCCAUCUUGAACUUCUUGCAAAUAUUGAUCCCAGUCCAGAUGCCCCACCACCCACAUGGGAACAGCUUGAGAAUGGAUUAGUUGCUGUACGGACUGUGGUACAUGGAUUGGUUGAUUACAUUCAGAAUCACAGCAAAAAAGGAGCUGAUCAGCAACAGCCACCUCAGCACAGCAAGUACAAGACAUAUAUGUGUCGAGAUAUGAAGCAGAGAAGAGAAUGCCCCCGUGGGGCCAGCUGCACAUUUGCACACUCACAGGAAGAACUAGAAAAAUUUCGCAAGAUGAACAAACGUCUAGUUCCUCGAAGACCUUUGAGUGCCUCCUUAGGUCAACUAAAUGAAGUGGGCCUACCAGCAGCAGCUAUUAUCUCAGAUGAAGCAACAGUGGACUUACCCAAUAGAAAACCUUCUACCUUGCCAAAUGGGAUUGUUUCACCAGGCAGUGCAGUGACACAACUUAUCUCUCGUGGGACCGACUCCAGUUAUGACUCAGUCAUGAAACCUGGGAAGAUGGAUCACCAUAGUAGCAGUGCCCCUGGAUCACCUCCUGAUUUGCUGGAACCUGUUUCCAAGAGCUCUCACCCAAUGCCCCCCCGAGGACCUACAGACUUGCCUCCAAUUUCUGUGGGCAAGCAGCUCCAAAUAGUUCCUCGAGGCUCCCAGUUGUAUCCAGCUCAGCAAACCGAUAUGUUCUAUCCAGAUCCUCGAGGAGCAGCUCCCCCAUUCGAGCCUCCACCCUAUCAAGCAGGUGUAUAUUAUCCUCCAGCUCAAUCACUACAGUGUAUGUCUCGAUUUGUCCGACCUCCAUCAUCUGUUCCUGAACCAGGACCUCCUUUUGUAGAACAACAUUAUGCACCCUAUCUCCAAGAUCGCAUCAUGAACUCACAAUACAGCGCACAACCACAGCAAUACCCUCCAAUGAGUCAACCUGUAUAUCCUCCUCAUUAUGACAGCAGACGUGUGUAUCCUGCUGCUCAGCCAUACCAACGGGAAGAUAUUAUCCGAGGAAGUCCUGUUCCGAUUGAAAUUUCUCCACCUACUGUAUCACCAUAUGUACCUGAAACAAGAGACAGAUAUCAACAGGUGGAGGGCUACUAUCCAGUUGGACCACAUCUGAAUCAGAUUAGACCUUCAUAUCAUAGAGAACCUUAUAGUCGGGCUCCCCCUCAGCCACACCCUAGUCUAGAUGAAUUGCAUCGAAGGCGAAAGGAGAUUAUGGCUCAACUGGAAGAAAGGAAGGUCAUCUCCCCACCACCAUUUGCAUCAUCACCAACCCUGCCUCAUUCUUUACACACUGAUGAGUACUUGGAUGAAGACCUGAAGGUAGCAGGAAAAUACAAAGGAAAUGAUUACAGCCAAUACUCUCCCUGGUCGUGUGACACUAUUGGCUCCUACAUUGGAACCAAAGAUGCAAAACCCAAAGACAUUGUGGCAGUGGGUCUUGUAGAGAUGGUGAAUGUGGACAGCAAGGGAAUGCGAGAUCAACGUUUGGAUUUACAAAGGAGAGCAGCAGAGACUGGUGAUGAUGAUCUUAUUCCCUUUGGAGAUAGACCUACAGUUUCGAGGUUUGGUGCCAUCUCACGUACCUCCAAAGCAAUGUACCAGAAUCCAGGCCCCAUACAAGCCAUGACAGUUCAAGGGGCUUCUGCAAAACCAGUCAGUGUUUCAGAUUACAGCCCAUAUGGAACACACAGUGCAUGGGGAGGUUCACCAUAUUCACCCCAUCAAACUGUACCUUCUCAGGGCCGGCUUGGUGACAGGGAGAGAUUAUCUAUGACAGAUAUUGCUAACCAUGGAAAACCUUUGCCAUCAUCUGAGAGAGAACAGCAGCUUCGUCUUGAACUGCAGCAGUUAAACCAUCAGAUAAGUCAGCAGACACGAGGACUUGAGGCGGUUAGUAACAGGCUGCUGUUGCAGAGGGAAGCGACCCCUUUGGCAGGCCAACCACAGCCCCCACCACCACCUCCUAAGUGGCCUGGAAUGAUCUCAAGUGAACAGCUGAGCUUGGAGCUGCACCAGGUGGAGAGGGAAAUCGGGAAGAGAACCCGGGAACUAAGCAUGGAGAGCCAGUCUUCAUUGGAUGUGAAAAACAAAGCAAAUGCUAGUAAACAGACUGAAAAUGGACAGCAAGGCAAAGUACCACCUGAGGAUCUUUCUCUAACAUUCAGUGAUCUUCCAAAUGGAUCUGCCCCAACCCAAGAACUUAUAGGCCUUCUGUCAAACAAAACUACAGCUCUGAACUUGUCAGAGGACACCGACGCAGGAGCAGGUGACCAGGAUACCCAGAGAACUGGAGCAACACCCACCUCUGCUCCUUGAAGGAACAAGACUAUUCCCUCCACUUCUGUCGGGGGUCACCUUUUCCCAUCCUUGGAUUGAUGAAAGACGCUGAGCAAAGGUCUUCAACAAUAGCAAGUCUGAGACAAUGUGCACAACACCACUACUAGGAACAAACCCUGCACAUAGUUCACAUUAACACAUUUUUUAAUUAAAAAAUGAAAAUUAGCAGUAUCU